CUGAGAUCAAACAGAUCACAAUCAUUGUUAAACAGAUCACAGUGUAGUGCGGAUCGCAGUGAUCAUGAAUAUCUUGAACAUUAUUUUGCUGUCAUGUUCUUUGGCCGUGACCAUCGCUCAAAAAGUGGGAGACACGAGCAAUGACAUCAUAGAUGGACAGAGACGGAGUACCGGAGGCUAUGGCCUUCUGAGACCUGGCUAUAACCAGGGUCUUGGAGGCUAUAACAAUUACAAUAACUACAAUGGCUACGGCGGUGGCUUUGGACAAGGAUAUGGUGGAAAUCAAGGCUUUGGUGGACCCGGUUUUGGAUCAUAUCCGGGACAGAGCGGGUACCCUGGUGGUUUUGGAGCCGGUGGAGGCGGCUACGGUGGUGGCUAUCCAAGCGGCUAUGGCGGCUACGGAGGCUAUAACCAAGGAUAUCCGGGAUACGGCGGGAAUGGUUUCCGUCCAAACAGGCCAGGAUUUGACUACAACCGGCCAAACACCUACCCGGGAUAUUCUGGGACCAACUUAGGCUACCCUGGCAGUUACCGACCCGGUUACAGUAACCAGUACAGGCCCGGUUUGGACCGGCCAUACUCUGGAGGACCUGCUGGCAACUACUUCGGAGGCUACGGAGACGGUUAUAGCGACAACUUCAGAUAUUUAGGAAGAAAAGUAGGAGAAAUCAAAGAGAGUGACGAAAAGUCGUAAUUUAUUAUUUGUAGUAAGUUAUUAAGCUUAAGAUCUGAUUAUUUUAUUGUGUUGCACUGACUCUGUAUUAUUAAAAUUAUUAUUUAUAGUUUAAA